UUAUUAAUUUUCUUAAUUAACCAGCCCCUCCCCCAGCACAUGGUCAUCAUGUCUUCCAAGAGAGGGAAGAGAGCUGCUAUUGAAAUAACUCCGUCUCCUUCUAAAGUGAGCAAAGGCUCAACCAACGAGUCUGUAUCAGCUGCUAAGAAGAAAGAAGUUACCGCCAAUGGAUCACUGACCAAUGGUAUUGAUAAAGUAGGUGGAGCAGUGAAGAGGAUAUUUGAUACACUGGAGUAUGGCCCCGCCCCCGAGUCACCUGCCGUAGUCAAUGCAUGGCUGGACGAUCAUGGGCGGAGCUUUGGUCACUUUAUUAACGGGACCUGGGUGAAACCUCCUGGCAGGAAACUGUAUGACUCAUUCAACCCAGCAAAUGGAGAGAAAAUAGCAUCAACUAUACAAGGGACUCAGGAAGAUGUAGACGUUGCUGUGAAAGCUGCCAGAGAUGCUUACAAUCAAUGGAGUGCAUUACCGUGUCAUGUAAGGGCCAGGCACAUGUACUCUAUAGCGAGGCAUGUACAGAAGCACGCCCGACUCCUCUCGGUCCUCGAGAGUAUGGAUAAUGGUAAAUCCAUCAGGGAGAGCAGGGACUGUGAUAUACCACUAGUGGCCCGACACUUCUACCAUCAUGCUGGUUGGGCUCAGCUAAUGGAGGAUGAGAUGAAAGGUUGGACUUCACUUGGUGUAGUGGCAGCCAUUGUACCUUGGAACUUUCCACUGAUGCUGCUAGCUUGGAAAGUGUGUCCUGCCCUAGCUAUGGGUAAUACAGUGGUACUGAAACCCGCUUCCUAUACCAGACUGACUGCCCUCAUGCUAGCCGAGAUAUGCACCGAGGCCGGACUCCCCCCGGGGGUUUUUAAUGUAGUGACAGGACCCGGAUCAUUCGGAUCAAUGCUGGCCACUCAUCCUGACGUUGAUAAGGUUGGGUUUACUGGCUCAACUCAAGUUGGCCAGAUAUUGCGACGAGCUACAGCUGGUACUGGAAUCAAACUGAGCCUUGAGUUAGGAGGGAAGAGUCCGUUCGUGGUGUAUAACACUGCUGAUAUUGAUGCAGCUGUAGAGGGAGUGGUGGACGCCAUCUUCUUCAAUCAAGGACAAGUGUGCAGUGCUGGUUCCAGGCUCCUAGUCCAGGAGGAUGUUGCUGAUAAGAUGGUGACUAAGAUAAAGGAGAGGAUGAGUCACCUGAGGUUAGGGGACUCACUGGAUAAGUGUAUUGAUAUGGGACCAAUAGUGGAUGAGUCACAGAGGAAGAGCAUUGAGGACUUUGUACUGAAAGCAAAGGAAGAAGGGGCUGAAGUAAUAAAUAAUAAUAACAAUAAUAAUAAUAAUAAUAAUAAUAAUAAUAAUAAUAAUAAUAAUAAUAAUAAUAAUAAUCAAGAAGAUGUACGGGCAAUAUGUAAGAGAACUGGGUGAGUAUGCUGAUGAGGGGAAGACAUGGAAGUGGCUAAGUAAAUGUGAUCUUAAGCCAGAGACUGAAGCUCUAAUCUGUGCAGCUCAAGAGCAAGCCAUUAGAACGAACUAUAUUAAGUGUAAUAUUGAUAAGUCGGCUGCCUCACCAUUGUGUAGAUUGUGUCAUGAAAAAGGAGAGAGUAUUGGUCAUGUAGUGAGUGAAUGCAAGAAGUUAGCUCAGUUGGAAUACAAGAAGAGACAUGACAAUGUAGCUAGGUAUAUCCAUUGGGAGUUGCUGGGUCGUUUUUCUAUUGAGAGAAG